CACAGAAUUAAACGAGAAACAGCAACACACUAUCCUACAUCGAUCGCUUUAGGUCGUAUAAUUAAUGAGGAAAAAGAUCGCUAAUCCCCCUUAUAUGAUGAUAUCCUCGAGGUGGUUGUGAAGUGACUUCUUCCUUAUAACUCAUGACCUUCCUCACACUACUGUUUUAGCAUCCCCAGAAUUUUUCCCUUUUCAUCUACGAAUUCUGUUGGUUCUAACUUCUAGGUUGCUUAUUUUUCUUCCCUUUUCUCUCUCUUUCUAUCAUCAUCAUCGUCUCUCUCGUAGUACAAGCUCGUUCAGAUUAACUUUGUUGUUCGAUCCCACCUAGGAGAUGGCACAGUUACCCCCCAAGGUUCCGACCAUGACCCAGAAUUGGCCAUCGUUUCCUCACCAAAAGUUACCCACAAUGCCGCCGAGUUUUAUUAAUCCCACUCAACAGUUUCAGCAACAAGGCUCGCCGUCACCGCCGCCGUUGACAUUACCGACUUGGGUGGACGAGUUCCUCGACUUCUCCUCAGCACGGCGGGGGGCUCACCGGCGGUCUGCGAGUGAUUCCAUUGCAUACCUCGACACGGCAUUCCUCGAGGAAUGUCGGAAACCGGCUGGAGGAGCCGGAGCCCAUCUUGGGUUUGACAGGCUUGAUGACGACCAGCUUAUGUCCAUGUUCUCCGAUGACAUUGGCUCGGUUUCCUUGCCGCCGUCAUUUGCCACUGCAUCGAACCCAUCCACGCCGUCCGAUGACCAGAAUAGCAAUCACGAGGAGAAGCCUAUGGUGCUUGAUGACGUCGUCCCGACACAGGACCUUCAACUGCAGAUACAGCCCAAGAAUGAACCAGGGGAGGUGGAGAGCGCAUGCAAGAAUGACGGUGACACUCUUCCGCCCCGCCGCCGUCCGCUGCAGGCGGGCGCCGAAUCCAUCGUCGAUCCAAAAAGAGUUAAAAGAAUUUUGGCUAAUCGGCAGUCAGCUCAGAGAUCCAGGGUGAGAAAGCUGCAAUACAUUUCUGAUUUAGAAAGAAGCGUGUCAACUUUGCAGACGGAGGUAUCAGCAUUGUCGCCGAGAGUUGCAUUCUUGGACCACCAACGUUUGAUUCUGAACGUAGACAAUAGUACCUUAAAGCAACGUAUUGCUGCUUUGGCUCAGGACAAGAUUUUCAAAGAUGCUCACCAUGAAGCACUAAAGAAGGAAAUAGAAAGACUAAGGCAAAUCUAUCACCAACAACAGAACCUGCACAAGAUGGACAGGUCUGUGAACAAUAAUAAUAACGGCCAUCCGCUCCACUCUCCUCCACAACCACGGACAUCGACGACGACGACGACAUCAUUGCCGGCAGCAGCACCACCACUAGCGGAGACACAACCAACACUAAUGCCACCGCGGUCUCAGCCCGUAGGAUGUUUGGACAAGGAACAGCUUAUGAGUUGAUAUAAAUGUCAGAACUUUCACGUGAUGUUCCCCCACACUUGAAUGUCCACCAUGUGGGGGCUCAGCAGCCUCUUUGACAUUUUCAUGAGUUAUAAAGUAAAUUUAAUUUGUUGGAUGAACUGAAAGUGAUCAAAAAAUAAUUACUCCUUCGGAUUAACUGGGUUGGGAAUUUAGUGAUUAUUACACAUUAAGUUUUCUUCUUGCUCUCAAUCAUUAUAGAAAAAAACUAAAAAGUAUCAAUCUUUUUUCUUUUUUGGUUUAGAGGAUGGUUCAAGAGUGGUGUAUGUCAUGUUUGCUGUAUUUUUCUAUUUUUUUUAAUUUCUUCCCUUAGCUCCAAGUCCUAACUUUCCUAUUAAUUGUAAACUUAUUUUUAUGGUUUGGAGAAUUGUACAAAUUAAAGGACUGGUGAUGGGUGUAUUUUUAACAGUAGUUCUUAAUUCUUACUUUUC